GAUUAACGGAAGUGAUCUCUAGUCGGGAUUUGCUCCAGGGACAAGCAGGUACUAUAUGAACGGCCGGCCCUCCUUCUCUUAUGCCUUCCCUUACCCCGUCUUGCUAGCGCUUGAAGUUUCGUGCAAACCAUACCGGCACCCUAUCGCCUCGCCCUGAAACCCCCAGUGUCGAGUGUCCUCCUUCAGACAGCAGUCCGACCCAUCGUUCAGUCCACCAUCCCAUCACGAUGGGCCUCCUCCCUCUCACAUACCGACGUCCAGCUUACGUCGACAAGGACAACAUCGCACUGAGCGACGAGCCCAACGCCGGCCAGAACACCCUCAGCAAUGCCCCUACCAACGACAGUGAAGCAGGACUAGAGAAAACAGAACAAAGCCUGAAGCCAGUCAACUCGGGUACUAGCAUCGCGGGAAUCCCGCCCGCAUUGAGCUUUGAUAAGAUUAUCGAGGGUGGAACAUGUCCACCGUGUACCGUACGAGACUUUAUGAACUACCUGAUAUACGUUGAACGGUCAGCCGAGAACCUGCAAUUCUUCCUAUGGUAUCGCGACUAUGUGAAGCGUUUCGAGCAAGCCAAGACAUGGGACCUUGCCCUUGCCCCCGAAUGGACACCAGCCAUGGAGGAGGAAGCCAUCCAGAAGAUCCAGAAAGAGCAGGCUGAGAAGGCCCGCAAGAAGCCAAACAGCAAAACAGGAGAUGUGACGGUCGAGAUAUUCAAGGGUACCGAUUUCGAAAAGGGGUCGACCCCAGUGCUGUCGAGUCCGAGAGGCCGGAGUACAUCAGACUUGCCCGAGGGCACUCGAACGGGCAGCAACAACCCGUUCGGAACGCCGCCGGAUACUCCGCGCGGCUACCACCAGGAGCAUUUCUCCUCCGAGUAUGUCGGGUCCAGUAUGGCGACGACGUACCGCACGCAGGCGAGCGAUGCCUUUACCACAGCAGGCAUCAAACCACCAUUCACCAUCCAGCCCUUCCGAAAAGAAAUCGACCGUGUGAUCGCCACUUAUAUCAUGGAUGACGCGCCCCGACAGCUCAACCUCUCCGACAAGGAGCAAAAAGCCGUGCUUCAAGCGCUCGCGCACACGACGCACCCGUCCGCGUUCCGCAUCAUCAUCACGCCCAUCGAAUCCGCGCUGCGUUGGCAGGCGCACCCCAACUUCAUCCGCUGGUCCAUCUGCAACGGCAACCCGGCGCGCGUUGUCUUCGCACGGGGGCUCGGCGUAGCGCUCAUCCUGCUCAGCACCGCGGUCGCCAUCGUGCUGACUUUGUUAAAGGCGGGCCGCGGCUACCGCGCGCUGCCGGCCAUCGGCUGGGUGCUGGGCAUCUCGACGCUGAUUGCCGCGUACAAGGGCAUGUGCGUGGUCUUGCACGGCUUGCAUCAUCGACAUAUUCGCCCGUGGGAGUUGUUCAAUACGGAGGAUGAGGACGCGGAAGAGGGCAAGGCGAAGCGGUCGUUUGACAGCUUCGGGUCUGGUAACAGCUAUGAGGACGAGCCGUGGGUGGUCCGGUAUCAGAAGCGCAACGUGAUUCGCAAGAUCUUUGAUCGCGAGGUGUGGAUCCAGGAGCCUGUGUUGCGCCAGAUUCAGGACACGAUUGCGGUGCAGAGCAUGUUGUGCGCCGUGGUGCUGUCGGCGAUCCUGACGGCCAUCUUUGUCGCCGUGCCUGGAGGGGACUUGUUUUGAUUUUCUUAAGUUUCUUGCAGUGUCUUUCAGAUAUCUGCUGCUAUGUUUUGUUUAUCUGAUCGAUCUGACAACCUGGAUCAAGACAAGACUCUUUGCAUCAGUGGAUGAAGCUUGUACCUAAAAGUGCGGGGUGGCCCAUCCAAAAAAAGUUGGAGAUCAAUGGAGACGGAUGACUUCCUUUCCAUUCUUCCUUCCAAUCUCCGGUCGGGGUUCGGACGUGCGGGAAUCCCCGCCAUCAUGCGGCGCCUGUCACCAAAUCACCUUUCAUUCCCCGUUCAAUUUUGUCCCCGCUCUGGGGAAAA